CGUCGCCGUAUCGAUUGUCCGCUUAAUUUAUUCAUGCAGCCGUGUAGACGACGACGACGUCGCACUGGCCACGGCCGGUCGGUCGAUUCGCUCGAUUUCAUUCUCUAGCCACAUGCCAGGCCCCUCGUUUAUGUGUUGCGUUAUAGUCGACGCGGAACCGCCGUGGCCGCCACGAGUUUUCGCAUGAUUCCCGGAAGUUUCGUCGGCGACCGUCACCUUACCGCGUUCUCCCAUCCCGAUCUUCCUCAAUGUCCGACGUCGAGGAGGAGCUGGUCGCGAAGAGGCUGAAAAUCGUCCUGGUCGGUGAUUCCGGGUCCGGCAAAACGAGCAUCGCUCAGAAGUUCUGCCACAACGAGUUCACCAGGCAAUACCUGCCGACGUCCGGAAUCGACUUCUUCCUGAAGAAUCUCAGUAUCGGUUACUACAGAAACGUGAAUCUGCAUCUAUGGGACGUCGGCGGUCUCGCACUUCAUGGGAACAUGCUGGACAAAUACGUCUUCGAUGCUCACAUUAUUCUGUUAGUGUACGACGUCACGAACACUUUCAGCUUCGAAAUCCUAGAGGAUUGGAUCGACAAAAUCAGAAAAGUGAACAACAGCUUCGACGAGGCACCUUUGAUGGCCGUGGUCGGCAACAAAUGCGACAUAGAGCAUCAGAGGUCGGUGAAAAGGGAUCGAAGCCACAAAUUCGCCGCGGACAAUGGGUUCCCGUCUCACGAUGUGUCUGCUAGGACCGGUGAAGCGGUGUCCCUGUGCAUUGUCAACUUGGCGGCGCAAAUCUUGGGCGUGCGACUAACGAAAACCGACCAGGAUUAUCACAAACCGAUAAUUAUCGCGGAAAUAGGUGACACGGUCGACAUGAGUACCGUUCAAAAGGUCGUGAAACGAGCACCGACGAAAAAGCAGAGCCAGUUACCCUUUUAUCCUCAUCUACAUGCGUCGAAGUCGGCGGUUUGCGUGCUGCAGUGAGAAACAAUCGUAAAAUAUAUUUCUAACAGAAUUAUUUUCGCACACGGAGUUUCAACGCGAUCGCGACUGUCAGCAAUGUACAUAAGAUGUUCGAAUAUUUUUCAUAGAUCUCUUACCGUUACCUGACGCGAUUCACCGAAAUACGAAGGGGGUAAAACGCAAUGAAAGAACCACUUCUGUCUUCGCAGUAGAUUUAGAAACAGAUUUAUUUAUUAAUAGAAUCUUGCUACUCGUGGCAAUUAAUUGUUAAUAGCGAGUCGACGUAACAAUGUUAAAAAUACUUUUACAAUAAUAUCAAAUGUAUCGUACGUACGACGAAACGUAUAUGAUGCGUCGAGCGACCGGAACCGCGCAACGCCGCGAUCCCCGAUUUCGGUGAUUUCAAUGCUCGCGCGUGACGUUUCCGUCGAUUGUUCUUCAAGGCGGAAUUGUCCGGCGCGGCGGUCGGCCUCGGAUGUCGUAAAAUCGAAUAAAAAUUCAACGGUUAAAUAGAGUAAAACUGUUGUUCGCAAAAAGGUGAACGGAAGAUCGUCGAACUUUUUCUAUACCUUCUCGUAAAUCGCUCGCUAGCGAGGAGAGCUCUCCCUAUAAUCUAUCUAUUAAUGGCACUAAUCAUGCAAACGUUACAUAUUGCGGAGAACGUAAACGUACGCGGCAAACAUAAACGGAGUAUCAACAAGGGAACAAUGGUAGCUAACAAGAGUGAACGGGGGCGUGGGGGAGAAGAGAGCGGUUGUGUGCGUAUGCUCGGAACAAUUGGUUUUACAAAGUACAUGCGAGUUUGCGAAUUGGAAGCAUUUGAAAAAGGGCGUGUGCACGCCAAUAAAUAAGAAAUAAAUUAGUCGGCGUUUCCGUUGCGUCCGAUAGGAAUCAGGUAAAAACAAGUAUACGCGGAUCGUUGUGAAAUACCGUGAACGUCGCUAUGGAGACUGCGGUCAUUCGUAAAAUCAGCAUCGGAGACUCAGCUCCGCCAAGCAAGAAUGAAAAAUCGAUGCAUAGAAAUUCCGAGAUCUAAUGCCUCAUUUCUGGAUCGCUAAUUAAAAGUACAUUUUGCUCUUCGAACGUUAAAAAGUAAGAGACACUCGCUCGUCCACGGCGCGGUGGACGAGGACAAUUUGCGGACGGUGCAGUCGACAGAUUCGGAACACUCGUUCGAGUUGAGAUAUAGAGUACAAUUCUAUCCAUUAAAGGUACAAGGUGCAAAAUUAUAAUUUUCGGUAGACUUUAAUUACACCAUCGAUUGUUGCUCGUCCUUUCUUUUAAAAAACCGAGACUUCAAGGGUAUCUCAGUAGAGUUUCCUUACUUACUCUAAUAUGGUCGUCAGUCUCUUAUUAUACAGUGUGUCCUAUGUUAAUCUAUUCGCGCGAGCAUCCUCGAAUUUCUCAAUAUUGCUUUAAAAUGAACGUGUCUUAAAAAUUAUCGUGAACAACUACUGUGAUCCGGAAUGGCUGUGGAUAGAUUAGAAUAGAAUCUGUAUGUAUGAUGAUUAUUCUUCCACAGUGUUGGCGCUUAUCUUACUAUAACUCUGAUUUCUUCAAUGGUCUCCUCGGCCAUACAUUCUUCGCUAAUACCUUUUCUUUAGCUUCCCACAGUUGAGUGAAUUUAUCAUUCAAUGGAGCGAGAUACGUGUCUAUCCACUCCUGUAUGGUAUAAUUGUCGUAUAUAUCCGC